AUGGUGGUGACCUUGGCUCAGGAUGAGGUACAAACCAACCGCCUUGCGAGCGCCGAGAAGCAACGGCCUGGUUGUGGGAACUGUCUUGAAGGACGGAACAACUCGCCGUCUGCGAGAAAGACCGCUUGGUAUCACCGCGUGUCUCUAUCUCUUGUGCGACUGGCCAAUGACAAGCGUCCAGAUGUGAGAAAGGAGGUCGAGCGAUUCAAUGUCAACGAGGCACGGCCCACCAUUAUGCGAUUGACAAGUGCAACCCCCGCCGAGGUUUCCGGCCUCAUUGAGGUGGGGCAGACGGAGCAUGAAAUCGAGGCGAACCGGUAUCGGCUGCGACAAGCACAGCGCAAAUUCAUGGAACACACUCCUGAUUUCCACGUGCGGAUGCGGCACAAUCUGGAAGAACAGGAGCCAGGAAUUAGAGGUCCAGAGACGAUGCUCGAUCAGCCCCGCGAUAACCCCAACCCCGACAUCGCCAACCUUGGCGCCGGCCGCGACAGCCUCCAAAAAUAUCAGCAGGAAGCUACAGCUUUGGCACGAGUCCUGACAGACGGAGCAUCACGGGCAUAUGACCAUAGGUUUCGCAAUGCGGGCAUCUUCGUAAAUGACGGGCGUGCUUAG